GUGGUGUUGUGGGUGGUGGUGCUGCAGUGUGCGGCGUGGCAGUGGCGCGGCGCCAGCGGUCACGGCCGGCUCAUCGAGCCCCCCUCGCGCGCCUCCGCCUGGCGUUACGGCUUCGACACGCCGCACAACUACAACGACCACGAGCUCUACUGCGGCGGCUUCACGCGACAGUGGAACAGGAACGGCGGCAAGUGCGGCGUGUGCGGCGACGCAUGGGACACGCCGGCGCCACGUCCGCACGAGCUCGGCGGCCGCUUCGGGCGCGGUGUCAUCGUGCGCCGGUACGCGCAGCGCGACACCAUUCUCAUCAAAGUUGAGCUCACCGCAAGUCACAUGGGUUACUUCGAGUUCAGGGUCUGCGAGGAGCCGAAGGCGACCACUCAGGAGUGCUUGGACAGACACGUUUUAAAACUCGGUGAUCGGAACUCCACCAAA